AUGACUGAGAGGAUCAAGUUCCAACUGCUAGGUGGAGUAGCAGUUCUUGGACUAGUGGUCUUGACGACUAUUGGUUUCUAUCGCUUAUGGUUCCAUCCUCUGGCAUCUUUUCCCGGACCCAAAGCAGCAGCACUGUCGACAGACUGGCUUUAUCGAGCUUCCUUUGGAAAAUACGUCGAGAAAACUCUAGACGAACUUCAUGAUGAAUACAACAGUAGUGUUAUCAGGAUUGCUCCCAACGAACUUCAUAUUCGAAAACCUGAACUGUACAAAACCAUUUACAGUCAAAGCACGACUUACUACAAGCCUUGGUCUUUCUACCAAUCUCUCAGCAUACCGCACAGCUUGACCACCGAGACUGAUCCCGAUAUGCACCGUGACAUGCGGCGUAUUCUCAAUCCAUAUUUUUCCAAGCGCUCAGUUGAGCAAUUGAGUUCACUUGUGAUAGCCAAAAUCGAAAGACUGGAUACCAAAUUACGUCGUAUGGACAAAACAUUUGAUGCACACAACGCCGUCAUGUGUUUGACUGUCGAGCUUAUUACGGAGUUCCUUUUUGGUAGACAGGUGAACAUGAUCGAAGCUUCCGAGAACACUUUUGACGCGGAUUUUCUUGAAAUUUUCGAGGCCGCGUCAACCGGCCAGCCAGAGCUGCUCUUCCAUCCAACCAUGUCUCGAAUAAAGUUUGCCUUGCCCCGGCCAUUGCUACUUGUUUUGGACAAGAAGCUUGGUAAGCUCCUACAGAUUGGGGUGUGGGCUCACGGCUGCGUGGAUUACCACAAUACAAAAAACAGGACAGGGGAGCGCAUCGGCCAUCCUGUUAUAUUUGACAGUCUCGGCAAUCUUUCUGACGUCCGUAAAGCUUCGAUGGCUACCGAGUUGCUUGUGGCUGGCUCAGACACCAGUGGCACAACGCUCACAUAUGCCCUGUAUCAUAUCAGCUCGAACUCAAAGAUCAAGGAGAGGCUAACCGAAGAGCUGAGAAAGGCUAUGCCAACUUUAGACACAACCCCCGCCCUGUUGAAAUUAGAACAGCUCCCUUACCUGAGUGCUUGCGUUAAAGAAUCACUGCGAUUAGCGUGCCCUGUUCCCGGGAGGCUGCCUCGAAUUGUGCCCAACGGCAAGUCCCUUAUUGUCGAUGGCAAGCAUAUUCCCUCUGGUACUAUCGUCGGUAUGUCUGCUUACAACUUGCAUUUCGCCGAGAGCCUCUGGGGUUCCGACGUGCACGAGUUCAAUCCCGAUCGUUGGCUCGGCCAAGUAGACGACAAGCUCGAUCAGUGGCUUGCACCAUUUUCCAAGGGUGCACGGUCUUGCAUUGGACAAAAUCUGGCCCUCGCUGAAAUCCGAAUGACUAUUGCGGUUCUGUUUCGGCGUUUCGAGUUCAGCCUUCCACCGGGAUCUAAGAUCAAUUCGAAACAUGACAGCUUCACGGUUCACCUCGCUAGUCCGGGCCUACCUUUGCAAUGCAAGCCAAAGAAGGAGUAA